AUGGACCCAACCGAAUUGACACAACGUUCGAACCAUGCGCGAAAAUUGUGCAUUGAAUUCCUUGGCCCAGACGAAGUCGACCGCUGGCCCAAAAGUCACCAAAAACUGUUCGCGGAUGUCCAAAAGCUUGGUAGAGAGCGUUUCAGCUCAUUUAUGGAGACCAAAGUCUGCCAGAAGCGGGACUGA